AUGUUACAUUUUAGGUUUUCUGUGGUUUUGAAGGAGUUGAACAAACCGAAUCUAAAGCGCCGUUUACCAGCUCUUGUUAGAAAUAAGACGACACCAUCCGCCUAUUGCUGCCUCAGCACCGCAUGUAAUAAUGUCAAAUUAGUGUCCAAACUGAGGGCUAAGCAUGCCGGCGGACACAGGCCAUUGUGGUAUGCAUUCCAGGCGGACCGGCAUCUGUGUAACAGGACGGAGUCUGACGGGAAGAAGAAUGAGACCACCUCCACAGACAAGAUUAGGAAAGCGGGUCUCCUGCCUAGCCUGGAGGACCUUCUCUUCUACACCAUCGCAGAAGGUCAAGAGAAGAUCCCAGCUCACAAGUUUACCACCGCUCUGAAAGCCACUGGUCUGCGCACUGGAGACCCACGGCUGAAAGAAUGCAUGGAGAUGCUGAAGGUCACCUUGAAGACCACCUCAGAUGGAGCACUGGACCGUCACCUCUUUAAAAAGUGUGUCCAGAGCAACAUAGUUUUGCUGACCCAGGCUUUCCGCAAGAAGUUUGUCAUUCCGGACUUCCAGGCCUUCACGGCACACAUUGAUGAACUGUAUGAGAACGCCAAGAAACUGUCAGGAGGACAGGUGGCAGACUACAUUCCUCAACUUGCCAAAUUCAGCCCAGACCUUUGGGCUGUGGCACUCUGCACUGUAGAUGGACAAAGACACACAGUGGGUGACACCAAAGUCCCGUUCUGCCUGCAGUCUUGCGUGAAGCCACUGAAAUAUGCGGUCGCCGUUCACGACCACGGCACGGAGUACGUUCACCGCUUCAUCGGUAAAGAGCCCAGCGGCCUGCGCUUUAACAAACUCUUCCUCAAUGAAGAUGAUAAACCCCACAAUCCCAUGGUUAAUGCAGGUGCCAUUGUGUGUACCUCCCUGAUCAAGCAAGGAGCAAGUAAUGCGGAGAAGUUUGACUAUGUCAUGAACUUCAUGAAUAAGCUGGCUGGGAAUGAAUAUGUGGGUUUCAGCAAUGCUACAUUCCAGUCGGAGCGUUUGUCAGGAGACAGGAAUUUUGCCAUUGGCUACUAUCUGAAAGAAAAGAAGUGCUUUCCAGAGGGAACAGACAUGACCUCCAUUCUGGAUUUCUACUUCCAGCUGUGCUCUAUCGAGGUCACAUGUGAGAGUGCCAGUGUUAUGGCUGCCACCCUGGCCAACGGUGGCUUCUGUCCAAUCACAGGAGAGCGUGUGCUGAACCCCGAGGCCGUGCGCAACACGCUGAGUCUCAUGCACUCCUGCGGCAUGUACGACUUCUCUGGGCAGUUUGCCUUCCAUGUGGGACUGCCGGCUAAGUCUGGGGUAGCAGGAGGCAUUCUGCUAGUGGUGCCCAAUGUAAUGGGCAUCAUGUGUUGGUCUCCUCCACUGGAUAAACUGGGCAACAGUGUACGCGGCAUCCAGUUCUGCACGGAUCUCGUGCAGCUCUUCAAUUUCCAUAACUACGACAACCUGAGGCAUUUUGCCAAGAAGCUCGACCCACGUAGAGAGGGCGGGGACCAACGGGUUAAGUCAGUCAUCAACCUGCUCUUUGCUGCCUACACUGGAGACGUCUCUGCCCUCAGGAGGUUUGCUCUGUCUUCAAUGGACAUGGAACAGAGAGAUUAUGACUCCAGGACAGCACUGCACGUGGCUGCAGCAGAAGGCCAUGCUGAAGUCGUACGCUUCUUGCUGGAGGCCUGCAAAGUGAACCCAGUGCCCAGAGACAGGUGGGGUAACACACCCAUGGACGAGGCUGUCCACUUUGGGCACCAUGACGUUGUGACAAUUCUCCAGGACUACCACAACAAGUACAGCCCUCAAGACAGCAAAACCUCAGCAGACAAGGAGACAGCUGAGAAAAACCUGGAUGGGAUGCUGUAG